AUUGCUUUCAAGGGUGGAGGUCCAUACGGUCAAGAAGUUACCAGAGGACAGGAUCUUACUGGGAAGGAUUUUAGUGGCAAGACUCUGAUCAAGCAGGAUUUUAAGACAUCUAUCUUGCGGCAAGCUAAUUUCAAGGGUGCAAAUUUGAUCGGUGCAAGCUUCUUUGAUGCUGAUUUAACAGGAGCUGAUCUUUCAGAUGCUGAUCUCAGAGGUGCAGAUUUUUCUUUGGCAAAUGUAACAAAGGCAAAUUUAAGUAAUGCUAACUUGGAAGGUGCACUUGCUACCGGCAACACAUCUUUUAGAGGAACAAAAAUUACUGGUGCUGAUUUUACAGAUGUGCCUUUGAGAGAAGAUCAACGGGAAUAUCUUUGCAAAGUUGCUGAUGGGGUAAAUCCAACAACCGGAAAUGCAACAAGAGACACUUUGCUUUGCAGUUAGCUCUUUAGUUCUCGCAUUGAACAGUCAGUAACAGCAUACUAAGAGCAGUUUUCAUAUAUUUCCGGUUAAUGCUCAUGCUAUGAUAUACGUCAAUUGUGUCAUUAUUCUUUAAUAUCAAAGAGUUGGCUUUAAAUUGGAUAUUGUAUAGUGAAGGGGAAUCCUAUGUUCUCACUCACAUCCAAAAAGAAUUGGCUAUGAUGCUCAUCCCUUUCUAUUUUUUCCGGAGAAAAAGAAAAUGUACGUAUAGCAUCGGUUAGGAACUGAACACAUAAAAAAUGUUAUUAACAUAGAUUACAAACUGAACACAUCAAGAUUGUUAUUAUUUAUCAUAAA